CAGUAUCAGUUUGCGUUCGGCUAUCGAAUGAGUCAGUAAUAUGAGAUAGACUUGGAAGCGUAAGUACCGGUCUGUACGUUCUUCGUAGUGCUGAAUACAUUUUCCAAGUGAUCUAAUCAUGCAUCAAAUCGUCGUACUUGGUGCGGGUGUGAAUGGACUGUGCGCCGCCGUGCAGCUUGCUGAGCAUUAUUACGGCGCGGCCAGUGUGACGCUGAUCUCAGAGGAUGUUACGCCGGCCACAACCGGUGACGGAUCGGCUGGGCUGUGGGGACCAUACUACUGUGGGAACACGCCGGAUCAUAAAAUUGUCAAAUGGUCAACCGCCACACACGUAUUUUUCCACCAACUGUGGCAGAACGGCCUUGCGUCACGAGUCGGAGUCAGUCUGCAGCCAUGCGUACGACUUACGACAAACCCGCAAGGCUACCCGGAACCCUCCUGGAAGGACAUUGUAUUCGGAUGCCAGAAACUUUCCCAAGCCGAACUGAAUCGAUUGAGUUACGAGCACGGUCGUAACUACACCGGAGGAUAUCACUUUGCAACGUUCACAUGCGAGCCGUCCGGACUGCUACCGUAUCUGUUCAAUCGGUUCGUUAAUGUCGGUGGCAAGUUUGUCCAAGCAAAGGUGCAGAGUAUUGAUAGUGUGCUGAGCAAUCGAAAGGUAGAUUUGAUCGUAAACUGUACAGGACUGGGAUCACUGGAAAUGCUGGGCGAUAAGGAUGUCCUACCCAUUCGGGGUCAAGUAGCGAGAGUGUGCGCCCCCUGGAUGUUCGAAAUCAUUCUGGACGAUAGCGAUGAUGGGAACUAUGUGAUUCCAAAUUCAGAAACAGUUAUCCUCGGAGGAACACACCAGAUGAAUGACUUCAACCGAAACAUCAGUGAAGAAGAUAGUAAAUUUAUUUUCGACGGAUGUGAACGCAUGCUCCCGAGUCUUAAGAAAGCCACCAGAGUUAAGGAGUGGGUUGGAUUACGUCCAGGACGAAGCACGGUACGACUAGAACUGGAACAGUACAAAACAGGGGAGCGAACUGUACCGAUCAUUCACAACUACGGCCACGGUGGUUGCGGCGUGACACUUUGCUGGGGCUGCGGAACAGAAGUUCUUCAACUUAGUCAAGACUUGGGUUUCGAUAGUACUACGAGGUCUAAGCUUUAAGCCGUCGGACACAUUCGGAUUAAUCAGGUUACAUUAACUCCCUUAACAUAAUAGGUACGUCAAAUGCAUAUAUUAUCCACACUUUUUACAUUGUGGACCAUAAUGUUUAAAUAUAGACAAUAAAAUGUAUAUACGUUCCUUACCGUA